UAUCGCGUGCUUAUCGGACCUCGGAAGCCACGGAGAAGAAAUCGCAAGCCGAAAACGAGCACUUUGCUGUAGGGAAUACGGAGAGAGUGACCGCUUCGCAGAGAUCCCAGCAUGAAUGAAUCCAAGACCUCAAGAAAGCGUCCCUCCUUUAAGGUACAUCCAGCGUCUGGGUGGAUCGUGCCUCGAGGUCAAUUUCCAUUCGCUAAUCUGGAAGCCGCAAUGCAGUACCAGCCUUCCGAGGGCGACAUCAUCGUGAUGACGUACCCGAAGAGCGGGACCACCUGGGUACAGUACAUGACGUACCUCCUGCUUAACAAUCUCCAACCCAUCCCAUCCGGUCGCCGCCUUGGCGAGUUCAUCCCGUUCAUUGAAAAUGUCGGCACGAAGACGCUGUCUGACGUGAGACCUCGCGGAAUGAAGACCCACUUGUCCUUCGAGGUGUUUCCGUGGAGUGCUCUUCCGCGAUACAUAUGCGUCGCCAGGAACCCCUGGGACUGCUGCGUGUCCUUCUUUCACCAUAUGCGUGGAUUCCCUACAUGCUACGACUAUGAGGAUGGCAAGUUUGACGACUUCUUCGAAGACUUCCUCGAAGGCCAGAUUGAAUGCGGCGACUAUUUCGAUCACCUUUUGUCGCUGUGGAAGUACCACGACAAGGACAAUGUGCUGUUCCUGACGUACGAGGAAAUGAGUGCGAAUAGACUAGGUUGUGCCCAGCGUAUCAUUGAUCAUCUUAGGCCCGUUUUUCCUCGAGGGUGGCAGCCCGACGCGGAGGACCUGGCAGCAAAAAGUAGGAUUGACGUAAUGAAAGCAGACGAUCCGAGUAAGUGGUGUUCAGCUCGGCCAAAAGGAGUGCCCGGGUUUAUUCGUCGCGGUGUAGUGGGGGACUGGAAAAACCAUUUUGCUCCUGAACAAAGCCGGAGACUGAGCGAAAAAUUCGUGAAGAAGCUUGGCUGCACCGGGGCUGGAAAAUUGUGGAAUGCGCUGGAAGACCUGCAGCGGGAACUGUCUUUUGUGUAGGUUGUGGCACCCAAAACAAAGGGACGUCUAUACAGGUUCUUCCAGGAAUCUUCCAGGAAUUUCGUGGUGCCCCCAUUUCGACAACGAAGACGUACUGUUACGUCAAAUGCGGAUUGCUGAUGUCUUAACGUUGUAUUGAAAUAAACCUUCAUUUCUAUUAACGUUGAUAAGUUUCUGUUACUGAUCCGACUACUGCCUAAUAUUACUUCGUUCAUUGUCUGUUGCCAUCAUUUAACUGUGUUGGUGUAGCAUGUUGCAAACGGGCAGAUCUAAUGGGGGGGGGGUUCGGAUGUCCUGACCCCCUCAGUAUCUGUCGUCGAAUAGAGUUUCAAGUGAUAUUUGCACUGUAUAUUGGUAUGUGGUAUUGGUACUGUUGGCCGCUCUCACAAGGCAUAGUAUUCAACAAUCAAUGACGAUGACUCAUGGACAUAGAAGUCGUGUGUUUCAAUAUUAUUUUUUUAAAUUUCUACGUGUCACGUGUACAGUGAAGUUACUGUAUCGUUUUAUCCAAUUUUAUCUCUGUAUCACUUGCAGUAGUGCGACGCUGAAUAUGCCAAUUUCUUCCGCUUUUCCUGUAAUUUGUGAGGUAGGGUGGAAGUAAAUAAACUUAUGUGUUAACCUCGUA